GGGCAGAGCAGAGUGGCAUCCUCCCUUCCCUUCCUCCUCCCCUUCCCCCGUCGCCGGGCCGUCGUAGGCCGCCAGCCGCGGCCACCUCCCCCGUCCGCCCUCCGCCUCUCCCGCCAGCCCCUCCGUCGGCCCCCAGCCCCGUCGCAUCCUCCGCCGCGUCCUCCUCUAUCCGCCCGUGUAGAUCCGUCCGGCGAGCAUCCCGACGGGCUCGCCGCCGCCAGCCGCCCUCCUCAGCCGAGAGCGAAUCCAGGUCCGCCCAAGCUCCAUUUUUUCGUCCGGGGGAACCGAACCGUCCGCCGCCUUCUUCUCUGCUCAACUGAAGAGACGGUGGUUCCUCGCUGCUUCGUACGUAGGGUUCUCUGACAGCCUCCCUGUGAACCACCCAGAGCGUACCCUUGCGCCGGGUGGUCACCAGCGAGCCCCCAUGUCGGGGCUAGAGGAGUUGAAGAAGAAGCUGCAGCCCUUGCUGUUCGACGACACGGACAAGGGCGGCGUCAGUACCCGGGUUCCCUUCCCGGAGGAUACAUGCGAUUCCUAUGUGGUGUCUGAUGGUGGAACGAUAAAUUUACUGAGUAGAUCGUUUGGUGAGUAUAACAUCAAUGAGCAUGGCUUUCAUAAGCGAAGUACCGGACCAGAAGAGCCAGAUACCGGUGAGAAGGCAUACCGAUGUGCCUCUGAAGACAUGCACAUAUUUGGUCCCAUUGGGAAUGGAGCAAGCAGUGUCGUGCAGAGAGCUAUUUUCAUACCAGUUCAUCGAAUUCUGGCCUUGAAGAAGAUAAACAUAUUUGAGAAGGAGAAAAGGCAACAAAUUCUUAAUGAGAUGAGAACAUUAUGUGAAGCAAGUUGCUAUCCUGGUUUAGUUGAAUUCCAGGGUGCAUUUUACAUGCCUGAUUCUGGACAAAUAAGCAUUGCCCUUGAAUACAUGGAUGGUGGCUCUUUAGCAGACGUUAUAAAAGUCAAGAAAUCAAUACCAGAGCCAGUUCUUGCACAUAUGCUACAGAAAGUGUUACUUGGCCUGAAGUACUUGCAUGAAGUAAGACAUCUAGUGCAUAGAGAUCUAAAGCCAGCAAAUUUACUGGUAAACCUUAAGGGCGAAGCAAAAAUUACAGAUUUUGGUGUAAGUGCUGGUUUGGACAAUACAAUGGCUAUGUGUGCUACCUUUGUAGGCACUGUGACAUAUAUGUCACCUGAGAGAAUCCGCAAUGAGAACUACUCCUAUGCUGCUGAUAUUUGGAGUCUUGGACUAACGAUAUUGGAGUGUGCUACUGGUAAAUUUCCAUAUAAUGUCAACGAAGGCCCAGCCAAUCUCAUGCUACAGAUACUCGAUGAUCCAUCACCAACACCACCAGAAGAUGCCUAUACACCAGAAUUUUGUUCCUUCAUAAAUGAUUGCUUGAGGAAAGAUGCUGAUGCAAGGCCUACAUGCGAGCAGCUUUUGUCACACGCAUUUAUCAAGAGGUAUGAGCAAACUGGUGUGGACUUGGCAGCAUAUGUCAGGGGUGUUGUUAAUCCAACAGAGAGAUUAAAGCAAAUAGCAGAGAUGCUUGCUGUUCAUUAUUACCUCCUUUUUAAUGGCUCUGAAGGACCUUGGAAUUAUAUGAAGACAUUCUACAAGGAAGAAUCAUCUUUCAGUUUUUCAGGGAAUGUGUAUGUCGGACAAAGUGCCAUAUUUGAUACUUUAUCAAAUAUAAGAAAGAAGUUGAAAGGUGACCGGCCUAGAGAAAAAAUUGUUCAUGUUGUUGAGAAGCUACAUUGCCGCGCGAAUGGGGAAACAGAAAUUGCUAUCCGUGUGUCUGGAUCAUUCAUCACGGGCAACCAAUUCCUGAUAUUUGGUGAAGGGUUGCAAGCUGAAGGGAUGCCCAGCUUGGAGGAAAUUGAUAUUGACAUUCCAAGCAAGCGGGUUGGCCAGUUCCGGGAGCAGUUUACCGUGCAUCCAGGGACUUCCAUGGGAUGCUACUACAUAGCAAAGCAAGAUCUCUACAUCGUCCAGUCAUGAAAACAAUGUAUAAAGUGUAAGUGAUGUUCCGGUUUGUGCCGUCAAUGAUUCCAGUUCAUGAUGAAAGCUAUGUCAUGGUUUCCACUUCUCGCGGCCCCAUAACUUCGACAGGCUUCAGAUCACAAUGCAGUCCUGCUACCAUUGACAUUGAUUCCAUUUCUUCUCGAUGCGAGCAAACAAACUUGUAGCUGAAACAUAACUUAAUUGUUGUUUGUAAGGUGGUAAGGAGAAUGAAGCGAUUCUAAUGAUUGUUGUGCAUAGAUCGAUACUCUUGACACAUGGCACGGUUUUAGUCGAGGCUGCUCAAUUUCUGUUGUACUCCCUUUGUAAACUAAUAUAAGAGCGUUUAGAUCACUACUUAUAUUAGUUUACAGAGGGAGUAGAUGAGAAGAUUGCGUGUGCGUGCUAAUAAGUGACACAGCUCAAUGUAGGGUUGUACUACUAAUGCUUAUGUGUAAAAGACUAACUCCGCUGGUACUGUAUCAGUUGGUUUGACGUUUUUCUUUUUUC